AGGGAAAGAAGAUAUAUACAUCAAUUUAUCAACCAUGUUUUCUACUAAUAAUACUUAUUAUUUUCUUCUGGCCACCAUUUUCUCAGUGCUAACAUUUGUUCUUCCUUCAGAAGGGCAAUUGAGUGCAACCUUCUAUUCCACCACAUGCUCCAAUGUCUCAACCAUUGUGAGGAAUUCUGUGCAGCAGGCUUUGACAUCUGAUUCACGUAUUGCUGCAAGCCUCACUCGUCUCCACUUUCAUGAUUGCUUUGUCGAUGGCUGUGACGGGUCCAUUUUGCUCGAUGUUGGUGGUAACAUCACACAAAGUGAGAAAACUGCAGCUCCCAACGCCAAUUCCGUUCGGGGAUUUGAUGUGGUUGACAGCAUCAAGAGUUCCCUCGAAAGUUCAUGCCCUGGUGUUGUAUCUUGUGCUGAUAUUCUUGCCCUUGCUGCAGAAUCCUCUGUGUCCCUGUCUGGAGGUCCUUCAUGGACUGUAUUACUUGGAAGAAGAGACAGUUUAACUGCAAACCAAGCUGGUGCCAACACUUCCAUUCCGUCUCCAUUUGAGAGCCUAGCCAACAUCACAUCCAAAUUUUCUGCUGUUGGCUUAGACACAACAGAUCUUGUUGCACUAUCUGGUGCGCACACUUUUGGACGUGCACAAUGCCAGUUUUUCUCCCAAAGGUUAUUCAACUUCAGUGGCACAGGAAGUCCUGAUCCAACCCUGAACUCAACCUAUUUGGCCACUCUACAGCAAAACUGUCCCCAAAAUGGGAGUGGGUCUACAUUGAACAACCUUGAUCCUUCAACCCCUGACACUUUUGACAACAACUAUUUCACCAAUCUUCUCAUCAACAUGGGUCUUCUCCAAACAGACCAAGAGCUCUUCUCCACCAAUGGCUCUUCCACAAUCUCCAUUGUUAACAACUUUGCCAACAACCAAUCGGCUUUCUUCGAAACUUUUGCUCAAUCAAUGAUCAACAUGGGUAACAUCAGUCCUUUGACAGGUACUCAAGGCGAAAUCAGAACUGAUUGCAAGAAAGUCAAUGGAAGUUGAAGAAAGAGAGCAUAACACAAAAUCUACCAAUAUUGUAGAAUGUUGAUGUCCAAUGUAAUUUUUUGUUUUGUAUCUGGGUAUGAGUGUUGCUAACAAAUGGUUAAGAAAUUGAAAUAGAUCAAGUUUUUGCUUUUAUAUAUAUAUGAUUGAGAUCUUUUUCAAAUAAACUUUUUAACUUCAA